AUGGCUAUUGACACUCCUCUACUAGAUGACAAUGCUGCCUCUUCUUCUAGUGUUGCUGAUCAUCAAGAAGGCAAGCCAUUGAAACUUGUUCGCAAAGUUGGCGUGGAAUCGAAGAAGCUGUGGCUAAUUGCUGGUCCAGCAAUAUUGACUACCUUAUCUCAGUUCUCAAUUGGUGCAUUCACUCAAACAUUUGUUGGUCAUGUUGGUGAGCUUGACCUUGCUGCUUUUGCGGUCGAAAACUCUGUCAUUGCUGGAUUUGCCUUCGGUUUCUUGUUGGGUAUGGGAAGUGCAUUGGAGACACUAUGUGGACAAGCAUUUGGUGCUGGUCAAAUAAGAAUGAUGGGAGUUUACAUGCAAAGAUCAUGGAUUAUCUUGUUGGUUACUGCCUUUUUGAUGUUACCAUUUUAUAUUUGGGCACCUCUACUCUUGAAGCUCGUCGGGCAGGCUGACGACGUAGCAGAUGCAUCUGGUCAAUUCGCUCUGAUGAUGAUACCACAAUUAUUUGCAUAUGCAAUAAACUUUCCAAUCCAAAAGUUCUUACAAUCACAAAGCAAAGUCUUUGUGAUGUUAUGGAUAUCAGCAGGUGUUUUGGUUUUCCAUGUAAUUUUCAGUUGGUUUCUAAUCUUGAAACUUGGAUGGGGCUUAGUUGGAGCUGCAAUUUCUCUUAACUCAUCAUGGUGGCUCAUUGUCAUUGGUCAACUCUUGUACAUUUUCAUCACCAAAUCAGAUGGUGCAUGGAAUGGAUUCUCAUGGCUCGCAUUCGCAGAUUUGUAUAGUUUUGUCAAACUUUCUAUUGCUUCCGCUGUUAUGUUAUGCUUGGAGUUUUGGUACUUGAUGAUACUUGUGCUGGUAGCAGGGCAUUUAAGAAACCCUAUAGUACCUUUGGAUGCCAUAUCUAUUUGUAUGAACAUAAAUGGUUGGGAUAUGAUGAUCGCGCUAGGGUUUAACUGUGCAAUAAGUGUGAGAAUAUCAAAUGAACUUGGAGCUGGUGAUUUUCGGGCUGCAAAAUUCUCAGUGAUAGUGGUUUCGCUAACAUCGAUUUUCAUCGGUGUUGUUGCAAUGGUCUUAGUCCUAACAACACGAGAUUAUUUUCCUCAAUUAUUUACCUCAAGUGAUGAAGUUGCUAAACAAACAACUAAACUUGCUGCAUUGCUUGGUGUCACUGUUCUUCUUAACAGCCUUCAACCAGUCUUGUCUGGUGUUGCUGUUGGAGCUGGUUGGCAAUCUCUUGUAGCAUACAUUAAUCUUGGAUGUUAUUAUGUUGUUGGAUUACCGGCAGGAAUAUUGUUAGGGUUCACAUUUGGUUUUGGAGCCGAGGGUAUUUGGUCUGGUUUGAUUGGAGGCAUAGUCAUGCAAACCAUUAUCCUUAUAAUCAUCACUUCAGUAACCAAUUGGAAAAAAGAGGCAGAUGAAGCAGAAAGUCGUGUGCAGAAGUGGGGAGGAUCAACUUCAUAUGAGAAUUGA